CAACCCUGCCGCGCCGUCGGAGUGUGAUGACGUCAGAGCGUCACUGCCGGUGUUCCUGUAGGUGAUUUGCUGUGUAACGUCCACAGGCCGCAACGAGGAACCGAGUGCUGAAGCGCAGACCAAGCCGACUGAAUGGAGUAUCUGAUCGGGAUCCAGGGCUCGGACUACGUGCUGGUGGCGGCCGACACGGUGUGCGCGAAUAGCAUCAUCCAGAUGAAGCAUGGUGAGCGGGAACCGGCCACACCGUGUGUGCUGGGACUUCAUCAGACACUGCCAGACACUACAGUGACGCUCAUACACAAUGCACGCUGCUGGGGACCAGAGGAGGACUUAGGAUACAUAGAUAUACUGUAUAUAUGCACACUAAUAUAGAUAAUAUAUAUAAUAUAUGCACUCUAAUAGAGAUAAAAUAUAUAUAUAAUAUUUGUAUAAAAAAAAUGAAAUAUAGGGUCCGAAUUAAAAACACCAUUUAUAUUUUGAGACCUGUGAGUGCUCCCUGUAUAUCAUUUUUUUUGUACAUAUUCAAAGCGGGAUUACACCAAGGCUAUUCGAUGAGUAAUAGGCAUCUAUAGUACUAAAAUCUACCUGUCAUGCAGAAGCAAACAUGGCAUGGUGUUGCCUCAUAGACCUUAUUGUAUAGAUAUAAUGUAUGCCGUGUGCUAGCAAAAACAUACCUGAACGUUUAUUUACUUUUUUUUAACUGGCUUCUUAAGUGUCCUUAUACAAUACAAACUUCAGUAAUGGCAGCUUUGAAAUACGUACACAUCGGCAAUACGUGCCAUUUAAUCCCAAAAUGCAGUAUCAUGACGUAUGUGCAGUGUUAUGAGAGGUUUUGUUGCCUUAUAGAUUUCUGGGGGACAAUGAAAUCCCCACUUGCCCCGUUUCCACUGAGCGGUACGGUCUGGUACGCUAUUUUGAGUGUUUCCAUUAUGAAAGUGGGCAAUACAACCGAACCAAACCGCACCAUUCCUGGUUCCCCUUCAGUAGUAGGUCCAUAGGAAACAGUACAGUUAGGGUGGAGCUACUGGCGUCACACUAUACAACCCAUUGAUUGGCGAACAGGAAAACGUCAAUGCUCACGACAAAUGACACACUAGGCUCCCCUAAAUAAGCUAGACCAUUCUAACCCUUCCGACCCAAACCAUACCACAUGAGUGAAUAUAUGCUGACAGAUAAUACAAAUUGUAGUGAUCUUCUAGGCAUCAUCUAGUUGUGAAAAUAUGUUAAUUCAUGGGCUACAUAAUUUUAAGCUAAAAGUAGAAGGCCAAGUUUCAGUUAGCCAAAUACUUAGAAGUCAAGCAAAAAUGGUUUUAGAGAAUUGUUGUUACUUUGUGCAAAGAUCAUCUUUCAUAGGGGGUCUAUUGUUUAUUUAUUAGCAUUCCAGGAAUCAUGGCAACUUCAUUUGAUUGAAGUGUUUUUGGUGCCUGGAGGUGAUGGCACAAUCUUGCUUUUAGUAAGUGCCAGAUGUACCCUCAUUCUGGCUUCUUACUUGGGUCCACUGGACUUCAAAGCAGGAGCUUACUUUUCUCGUGCUGUGUUAGUCGAGGAAGGAUCCAGCACUCUGCGAAUUGCAGGUAAGAAGUCAAACUGUUUUAAAAUGGCUUGACUACUUACAGUGGGGAUUGCUGGGGUACUAUUGGUACCAUAACCAGUACAGCAUUCUGUAGUGGUGGUUAUUAUGGUUAGAGGGAAUCCAGAAUAUCCAGGCAGCAUAAAACUUAACAGAAAUGGGCCCCAUAGCAACCUAAAUAGAAAUGUACAGUAGACAACUGCAGACCUAUGGUAUACUGGUUUACCUAUAAAUUAGACUCUCCAGUUACUAGGAAACUGUAGGAACAAAAUUUAUCUAGCUAAAGAAACAUUCAAUGUAUAGUUUUACGUAAUACAGUACUUUGACAUAUAUCCCGUUUAUUGUUUUAAAACCUUUUUAAUUUUUCAAUUUGUCAUUCCUUCAUACAAGUAAAAAAGUGUAAUAGACUUCCUGAUUAAGUUUACGUAUGCAAAAAAGUUUUACAGCCAAUUUUUAACCAAGGCUUCAUGUUGAAGAGUUAAAGGAUCACUAUAGGGUCAGGAACACAAACAUGUAUUCCUGACCCUAUAGUGUUAAAACCACCAUCUAGCCCACCUGGGCCACUCAUGCCUCCAUAAAUAUAGUAAAAAUCUUACUGUAUUGAAGCCGUAACUCUGCAUGCUGUUAGACUCAGAAAAACAAGCAGUCUGGUGGCAUCAGCAGAAGUGGUUGCCUGAUCCAAUCACAAUGCUUCUCCAUAGGAUUAGCUGUGACUGACAAGGAGGCAGAUCAGGGGCAGAACCAGGAUGAGUCAAACACAGCCCUGACAAAUCAGCAUCUCCUUAUAGAGAUGAAUUGAAUCAAUGAAUCUCUAUUAGGAAAGUUCAGUCUCUGCAUGCAGAUGGAGGAGACACUGAAUGUUUGGAUGAAUUUUAGGCAGCCAUGACCCAGGAAGGAUCUCCUGGAGUGGCCGGUGAAGUUAUCACUAGGCUGUAAUGUAAACUCUGCAUUUUCACUGAAAAGACAUUGUUUACAGCAAAAAACUUGAAGGUAAUGAUUCUACUCACCAGAACACAUGCAAUAAGCUGUAGUUGCUCUGGUGACUAUAGUGUCUCUUUCCGAAAAGGUAGCAAAGAAGGAAGCCUUACAUAUAAAUUGAUGUUUGUUACAAUGUAAACUUAUGUAGAUUUUAGCUAAAAGAUUACAUUUAACUUGGCCUUUUUGUAGCUGUAAACAAGUCAUAUAAGAAUUGUCACAUCAUGGUGUUACUUAAAAGUGAAAGUGAAAGCAUCAGAUCAAGUCUUCUACUCUUCCUCAUUUACUCUGUAAUCUUUUACCAGUUAAACCCCUCCCUGAUUUGUUUGCCUUUUGAUUUAUUUUCAUUUUUUUUAUUUAACUUUUUUUUUUUUUGUCAGAUCCCUGAAUGCUAUGGUACGUUUUUCUUUGGAAAACACUCAGUUAUAAUGUUCUGAAUUCUCCAAAGAACACACUUGAAAUUGAUACAUUGAUAUAUUGAUUAAUACAUAUGAAAGUAGUUUUUGGAUUCAUGUAAGAAUAUUGAGAAUAAAAGUACAUUUAUUGGGUGUUCCAGAGAGGUGUCUUGAUUUCAACUCCCAUAAAUAUCUUUCAGCCUUAUGUGCUUUACAGGUGAAUGUUUUAGGUCCUUGUUUGAUCGCUCAUUCAAGACACUAUACUGCUAAUAUUACACAGGUAACGAGUUUGUAAAGCAGUGAUUCCUCUGUCAUAUAUAGUCCACGUGAUCAUGUUUUGGUAUAAACUGGUUGGUUUCUGUCUGUGUGCAAUCUAGUCUUGCUUAAAUGUGUGAUUUAACUAUACUGAAUGUAGCUAGGCUACAACAGGUGAUAUUUAUGAUACACACACUAGAUGUCUGUUAAAAGUCCUCUUUGUAGAGUAGGCUACUUUGUUAAUAUGCACAGCUCAUGUGGAAUUUGUACUUAUGGGUUGGUCCUAAAAACUUUUAUGUCAUUUUAUUUUUCAGAUGCUGACAAAAUGUUUAAGAUGAGUGAAAAGAUUCUGCUCCUCUGUGUGGGGGAAGCUGGAGACACAGUGCAGUUUGCAGAGUACAUUCAAAAGAAUGUUCAGUUGUACAAGAUGAGAAAUGGUAUGUUUUAUUUCUCUCUUCGUAUAGUUUUUCCUGUUAUUGUGUUGUAAUGCCUUUAUUUUAGUCCAUCUUUGAUGUUUAUAGAUUUGUAUUGUAACUUCUGUCAUUACAGUUCCUAACAACCCCUUUCAGGUUGUGGUGUAACAGGUCUUACUUAGAGUGUUAAUUGCUUAUUUGCAGUGACUGCAACCUGCUAAGUUUCCUAUUCCUCCUUCAAGAAAUAAUAACAAAGUAUUGGUUAUUGAUACUCUAUAUUACAUAUAAACAAAAUGUUGAUUUUUAUGUUAUUUUUUUUUCCUCCUCUUCUUCAUUAUUUAACUCAGGGCUUGACAAAUUUGCGUGGAAUCUACGAGCCAGCUAAAAAAGUGUGGAGCCAGGUGUUUCAGCAUCAAAUAUAUAAUUUUUAAAGGGACACUAUAGUCACCAGAACCACUACAGCUUAGUGUAGUUGUUCUGAAGUCUAUAGCAUGUCCCUGCACGCUUUUCAGUGUAAAAGGCAGUGUUUAUGUUGCUGCUUAAUAACGCACCUCUAGUAAUCAUCUGAGUGACUGUCACUAGUGGUGUCUUGGGCCAGUGCUGCACUGUGUGCAGCACAUACGUUCAUCAUCUCGAUGCUCUGCAUGGAGGCGCUGAAUUUUCCCUAUAGAGAUGCAUUGAUUCAAUGUGUCUCUGUGAGGAAAUGCUCAUUGGCACACCGUGGUGUUUUGCUGCGCAUGUGCAAUAGUCUCCCAUGGGAAAGCAUUGGAUUGGCUGAGACCGUUAGGACUGAUUAUCUCAGCCAUGGAGCUUAAGCUAGCUGCCACGAGACCUUCACGGCGUGGGGAAAAAUAGGAGUAAAAAUAUCUCUACUGUGUGACUGCAAGCAGAUCACCUAAACUGACAGAUGGAUCCUGCAACAUUCACAUGCAUUUUAACAUACACUCGCAAAUUAUUGUUCUGUUUUAUUUUAAUUACUCUACCUUUUUUGUCCCUACUGUUGGGAGAACUGGAGUGGAUCAGAUUUCCUUGGGAUCUAGUGGGGCUGCUCUAACCAUCUUCUUGCUCUGCUGCCUAGAGCGCUGUUUAGUGAUGCUGGCCCUGGAGUAGUAAUAUAUUCCAACUCCCGCCAUCACUGGAGGGUGUGUGAGGGAGCAGAGCAAGAAUAUUGUAGCUCCCUCGCUGCCUCCUCUCUCCCUGAGCUGGCCAGCCGCCUGCCCGUCUCCGCUCUUGAGCCCCCUACCUGCCUCCGAUCUCAGUCAGCCAGUCACCUCAGGGGCUGAAUGGACUCACAUAUCCCAGAUUUGUUAAUCCCUGAUUUACCAAAUACAAACCCCAUAAUCACCCCUCCCACAGUAAGUAGUCAAACAAUUUAAGAAUAGUUUGACAACCAACCUGGGGCCUAUUGACUCCUCCGAAGUAGGAAUCCUAUACUGAGCUAAGCCUGGCUGUGCAGAGUAUCGUUCACUGGCUGAGCGUGCUAAGCAGACCUUUUGGGCAGCCAGCCAGCCAUGCACAACCUUUUCUACUUAACUUUAACUUAACUUUUUAAGCUUUUUUACUUAACUUUUUCCAGCAUCAAGAGGAAAUAGUCAUUGGGGGUUGACAGAACCACUUUAAAUCAUGAUUUAAAAAAUAAAUCUCAAAUGCACCCUGUUUUUGGUUCAGAAUUGCAUUUGCAAAAGAGCCUUUGAGCGAUUUGUUAUAGGGAAUUUUAAAAUGUUUCACUUGGCUAUUUUAGAUAAAUUUAGUGGUAAAAAAAAAUGUUUUGUUUUUUCCAAUGUACAUAUUGGAUUGUACUUUUUUUUUUUUACUGCUUUAUUUGGCACUCCAAGUCUCUCAAAUGUUAACAUGCCCUAACUUUGAUAUGCUGUUGCUUAAAUUCUUGGGAUGUUAUUUGAUAAAGUGAUACUAUUUUUGUGUUUGUCACCAAACUUGGACACUAUUUCUAAUCUUGGCGAACUCUAGUAAAAGUUCUAGAACAGAGGGUCUGACUUUUCAGCAGAAGGCAACACUAGCACUAACUAACCCUAAUGCCAGUCCUAACCCUAUACAAACCCUAACUCAACUAGAGAUCCUCAGCGGACAGAAUUGCUGACUUCAGCAGACUGAUUUGUCCUGCGUUGACAGUAAAAAGCACUCUCUGCUGAUUAGAGGGGGUUGGCUGCACUCACCUUAACAUGCAUAAAUGGGGGUGCUGCUGGGGGCCAAAUAAUACAAUACACAAGAUCCAGCGCACUCACCUAUCCACUAAACAGCAACUUCAAUGCUGAAAGAUUUUAUUUGUUUUUUUAAAAACACCUAAUCUAGGCAAAAAUAAUGGGGGUUUAGUUACAUUAUAUGAUCAUACAGUGCAUAAGCCUGCCACAACGUCAAUGUACCCCAUGUUAGUGUAGGACCUGCCAAAGAUGGGGUACAUUGACGUUGUGGCAGGCUUAUGCACUGUAUGAUCAUAUAAUGUAACUAAACCCCCAUUAUUUUUGCCUAGAUUAGGUGUUUUUAAAAAAACAAAUAAAAUCUUUCAACAUUGAAGUUGCUGUUUAGUGGAUAGGUGAGUGCGCUGGAUCUUGUGUACUCUCUGCUGAUUGAUCACAGCAUGAGAUCUCCCUCUCAUUCCGCUAGCCUUCAUGCUGUCCUUGCCAAUAACAGUAAUUGACACUAGGCAGCCUGCACAAUCCAUAGCCAAUUAUCUUUGGUAUAGGGAUACUUAAUAAUGGUCUUUUCUCUCAGUGACCAAGUCUGUGCUAGGGGAAAUAAGCAGGUGUGCAGCUUUUGCAAUUUAAGUUUUAGUAUGGGGGGUGGGGGUUCUGCAUAAAAAACGUGCAUGUGUUUGUUUUUUAAUAGUAUAUCUACUAAAAAGAUUACCAAAACAAAUUAUUAAAUGGAGUUUUGCUUUAAGGCAUGAUGUUUCAUGUUCAUUCAUAGGGGAUUGAUGCCUUAAACUGCCUAUCUGCAUGCAAUCCUUAAAGGACCACUAUAGGCACCCAGACCACUAUAGCUCAAUGAAGUGGUCUGGGUGCCAGGUCCCCCUGGUUUUAACCCUGCAGUUGAAAACAUAGCAGUUUCCAAGAAACUGCUAUGUUUUCAUUGAGGGUUAAUCCAGCCUCUAUUGGUUGUCCACCUGACAGCCAGUAGAGGCAGCUUCUGCGAUUCUCAGUGUGAAAAUCACACUGAGAUGACGCUGAAAGUAAUGCUUUCCUAUGGGCGGUUUGAAUGUGUGUGCUACCCUUGCCGCGCAUGUGCAUUUGGCGCGGACGUCUGCAGGAGAGGAGAGGUCACCAGCACCAAGGGAGCACUGCCCUGGAUUAAGGUAAGUGGUUGAAGGGGUUUUAACCCCUUCAGCCCAGCGGGAGGGGGGGGCCACAAGGAUGGGGGGGGACUUAAUAACCCUAUAGUGCCAGGAAAAUUAGUUUGUUUUCCUGGCACUAUAGUGGUUCUUUGGGGGUUUAAGUAUUUUAAUGAGGAAAUGGUAAAGCAAUACAAUCAUGUGAAAAUAUUCUGGUUUUACAUUUCUUAAAUUAAGUUUUUGGGGGUGUUUUGUGCCUUUUGAGUUUUAAUUUUAUAUAGAACCCUUUUUUAAAAAAAAGUAUUUCUUUUCUGUUUAGGUUAUGAAUUAUCUCCCACAGCAGCUGCAAAUUUCACACGUAAAAAUCUUGCUGAUUAUCUGCGGAGUCGGGUAAGUGAAUUAGAAAUUAUGGACAAAUACCAAGAGCCAGUGAGCUAUGAACCCUAAAAUGGUUACUUCUGGCUUUUAGAUUUUCUUUGUCACAUUUUGUGUGGAACUAUUACACUGGCUCCUCAACUGAUAGGACUGGACAGAUCAUGAAAAGUCAAGUAGACAAGACUUUCAAGAUACUACACUGUCACCCAACUCUAUGUUCUAAUUUAUUUUGCCUUCUGUAUAUGUAUAUCAUCUUCAAAUCAUAUUGAUUGUUGAUUCUUGCAUUUUAUGCCUGUGCUUCCAAUUCUUAAACAAUUUUCCAAUCCUGGAAAUAGUGUAUGUAUAUAUAAUAUAUUGCAAUAUGUCUGCACUCAAAUGCAUGCACUAUAAGGGUGCAGCUUGGGCCAAUUAACAAAAAAUCCAGUGCACUGACUUGCUAAACGCCAACGUCCCAGCUUCAGAGGCUUAGUACUAAUGCCUUCACCUCGAACGGGACAAGUUUGAAAGAUAUCCCCUCUUUAAUAUUGGAUAUUUCCGAUCGUGGUCAGCAGAGUUUGGGAGUAUAGACAUUCAUUUUGUUCUCCUCCAAUAUUGCAGUGGAAUCUUAGUUAAAUGUUUCCACCACUUCGUGUUUUGUUCAGGGGCUUUUUUAGUCAUUUUAACUAUAUUCACUAGUUAGUAGAUAAAUGCCCUCGAAAGCACAAAAGAGGUAUCCCAGGUUGUGUUUGUUUUAGGGCACUUAAUGUUAUGAUUUGUCUUUUUAACACAUGAUUAUCUGUCUCCUGGGGUCUCUGUUGAUCAAUUUUACUUUUCGAUUUAUUUCAUUUUUGUUGAACCAUAUUUUAUGAGUAGUCCAUGCAUGGUGAUAAAAUUCUGCUGAAUGUCAAAGUAUCAUACAAUUGUCAACUGCACACAGUGGCAAAUUUUGAUUUAAAGUGAUACUUUAUUAGUAACUUAAAACGUAUUAUUUCUCUGUGGGCUGUGUGGACUCUUAGAAUCAAUGGUAUCAUACAUAUUCUUUAGUUAUUUUUGUUGGUUUUGCAUAGACCUUUUAAUUCUUGAAUAAAAGUUAAGCUGUAAUUUAACUUUUUUGUCUACUAUAUUUACUAAGAAACAAUCAACUGUCUCUUAAAGGUAUGCUACAGGCACCCAGACCACUUCAGCUCAUUGAAGUGGUGUGGGUACAGCCACUAAAGGCGUUUCCUGGGUCCGCUCUGCAUGAGGACAUCCAGCGUCCGUAACAACCCCUUGGGAAAGCAUUGAAUCAAUGUUUUCUUAUGGGGAGGGCCUAAUACACUUGCUGCACUCGACACACAUGCUCAUUAGCCCCUUCUACUCAGAGGAGGCGGAGCUCUCACCCAAUAACUUUGUUGUUAAAGCAGUUAGUAUUUUAUAGUAAUCUUCCAUAACUCUGCUUUGAUAUGUUUACUAAGAUUUUUAAGGGAUUGGAAUGUUCCUUUAAUGUUUUGGUAGUUCACAAGUACUUGGAGAACAUUUGGUACAAUAUUGGAUCUACUGGUUUUCAGCAGUAGACUAUAACUUAUGCUUGUUCCUGGAGUGGGUUUGUUUAGGUUUUUUUGUUACUUUCGUGUUUCUAUAAUAAUUGUGUUGCUGCUAACUCGGCUCUCAGAACCAGGUGGUGUCUACCAUGUUUUCAUGGUUAUAUGUAUUUCAGAAUAAUUAAUCUACACAUAAAAAAAAGGUGGUGGGAGACGCUGCAUAUUUCAUAAAAUGACUAUAUUUACAUGGAAAAACUGUCACUAAUUUAGUAUUCCAUUUUGGUUUUAAAUAUUUUGAAGUAUAGAUUUUUUUUUUUCUUGUCUGUUUCAAAUAAUGUUUUGAUUGUUUAAUUGAUCUGGAUCCUGUUCUUUAAAUUCUAAACAGUUGUACUCUCAACAACAGUAUUUCAUUGAGGUGAUAAUGAUGUGGACUAUUUGAGACAUGUUGUAAUUUCUCCCUAAACACUUCAUUUUCUGUAUGGAAGGCUGCUGAUUUAAAAAAUGCAGCAUCUCCGCAUGCUCGCACACCCGUUUUCUCAUCUUUUUUGCAGUUUAGUGUGAUCAGGAUGCUCACAUGACCCCCAGAAACAGAUGGUGCAGGUAAAGCUGUGAUUUCUAAGUAUCCUGUCUCCGAAGUGCUGAAAUCCAUUUGCAAUACACACCGAAAACUAAUACCGCUAACGAGGGUAAUUGAACAGGCGUUUUGGCAAACACGUUUAGCAGGAUGUAAUACGAUGCCACGUUCCAUCUUUUCAACUUUAGUCUUGGAAGUGCCAAACACUACCCUCCUAUCCCAGAAUUGUCAUGCCCCCUCUAUCACCAUAUCUUUCUCUUAUGCUCAUACUCUCCUCACCUGUUCCAGAUGGGCAGCACAGUGGGGGGACACUGGCAGAGGCAGAUGUGUUUGUGUACCGGAGAUACAGCUUCGUGCUGCUGCAGAUGGUGAUGUCUGGGGGAGUGGGCUGUGUGAAACCACUGUCAAAGAUCACAAAUAGAAUUCGAGGUCCCUCUUGUUGCAGAACAUUACAAUUAUUUGACAAACUGUCUCUCGCCUCCUUAUAGGAGAACAAGUCAAGUUAUUAAUUGUUGGGUUAUUAUUCAUUAACAGAUUAAUCACUUGUUUUUGCCUCCAAAAAGUAACAAUUUUGGUGUCAUGCAUUUGUGUUUUCACUAAUGCCAAUAUAUCCCGUCAACCAAUAUUUAUUUGUAAUGCAACAACCUUUAUUAUUUUUUUUAUUUUUUUAUGGACGUGUUUAUGGGAGUUGUAAUAGCUGAAGUACAACUCCACAUAAUGUGAAGGUAGGAGCAGAAAGUGUGGUGUUUUUUUAUUUUUUUUUAUUUUUAUUUUUUUGUGGGGCAUAACUAAUUAUUUACAAACAAAAAGUAAUCUAGCAUAACUCAGUGUAAUGGUACCUACAUAGUGCACCUGAUGUUGGCAUUUGGGGUGUCAAUUUAAUUAUUCAUGUUCAUGUAUGACCCUUCAUUCCUUGUGCAUAGGAAAGACUUUUUUUUUUUUUUCUUUUCCUUUUUCAGCAUUUGCCUAAGAGAUAUUUCAUGCCAUGUCAUCGGGUGUCCCCCAGAAGUAACAUGUAUUUCAAAAUAACUUCUUGUGGUGCAGUGCUGAGGAUAUAUUUUUUUUGACGGUAUACUCUGUGAUCUGUUGCAGUGUGAUUUAUAUCUUAUCUCAAAAUAUAUCAGACCUCAUGGUACUCUAAAUACUCAUUCUCAUAAUCAUUGUUUUUUUUAAACCAUCUAAGUUGCUACUCUUGCCUUUUGCCAUUAAAUAGUUAAUUGAUGGCAAAUAGGAUGUAGUUGAGGGGUGUUCCCGUGCUGCAGAAUAUAGCCGUGCAGUCUGUUUAUGAAGAUUUUUAGGGCCAACCUCAUUCGGUUUACAUAGAAUAUUGUACUCAUUUGGAGGGAAAAUGACCACCUAUUUGGGGGCAUGCUAAUAGAUUAAUAAGACAGAUGGGUAAAAGAGACAAGGGUGUAGAGCCUUUGUGUGAUAAUUAAGUUUAUAUCAUAAUUAGUGUAAGCUUGCCCAACAUGUAUAAGUAUCUGGCAAUGUUUGGACAGUUUGUGUGCUAAUGUUGAAUUGGGGGCCUAGACUGCUAUCGACAUGUUUCUUUUUUAUCAUCAUCAUUAUUAUUAUUUUCUUUUCAGUGAGUUACCCCUUUCAGUAAACCACAAGCUUGGCCAGUCAAUUGUGUUAUUUCUCUUUUUAUUCAUAAAAUAUUUAUAUAAAGCGACUUAUAUAAAGUCUUUCGUGUGUGUCUAUCUGAAAAUAUUGUAUGUAUCAGUAACACACAGAUGGAUUUAUUGUGUUUAUAAACAAAGCAACACUGAUGCUUCAUGAAGUGCUCUUGAAACUUGAGCAGUGAAGAACAAUGUUGCUUGAAUUAGUUUUUUUGUUUUAAUUGAUUUUUAAUUCUGCAUGUAUGCAAAAUGUGGGAUGUGUCUACUGUUGUAUAUAAAUCAGUGGUCUUGUGUUUAUUUAAAGCCCUUUAUGUGCGCACAGUCCUGCUGUGCCUGUUGCGCUGACAUUUAGCCUGGUUAGCCAGUCUCCCUCUGUCUAAUAUAGCUGUUUGUCUUUACCUAGUGCUGACACAGUUGCAAGAUCACAGGUGUAAAUUCCCCAGCCCCUCUCUGCAUCUCCGGGGAUCCAAAACUGAGACAGUGUUAUCUCACUCCUGUAGAGAGAUUGUAGACGUGCUAAGCAGUGAGGUACCUGCUGAGAGAUAGGACUCGCGGGAUCAGCAUAAAGAGAUUGAAAGUUGCAUUCAAUGUUUACUUUUGGAUAUCUUACUUCAACUAAACACUGAUCACUGUGUCCUUUCUAACAAAUGCUAUAUUUGUCCCUUGACUGUUGAGGUUUAUAAAGACCACCUUCCUUAAUGGAAUUUGCUCCUUAUUUAACAGCCCUACUGUUACUAAACAAGUGGUUUGUUCCCAUUUAGGAAAUUAAUAGAAAUUACCAGAUUUUGAUAAUGGGUCCAUAAGGGGUUAAACUUUUCACUUGGUCAUGUGCUGGCAUAAAUUAACAGUGAUUCAAUUUUAGUAAAGGGUGGUAAUCUAGUUAUUUGGAUCAUAGUUAUGUUGGUUCCCUAACAACAUAAACAACUCAAAUUUUAAGAGUGCUAUGCCACUAAACAAUCUAAGGCUAAAUCCAAGACCCCAACAUUCAGGAAGCAAUAUAUUCUCUUGUUUUUGACUGUUAAAAAAUUAAAGAAAACUAGUUUGUUUUUGUUUUUUUGUUUUUUUAUGUAGGGAUUUAUAUUUCUUACACUUGAAUAAUGAGUCAUGCAUGGUGUCUGUAGCAGAUGUGUCCCACUUUGCACUCCAGAUUGCUGGACCAAGAAGCUAAUAAUCGAAGACUAGGGUAGUGUCGCAACCUUCCUUUCCUCUUUUACUCAGCCUGUCACUUCCACUGUGUGUCGUUUGUGCUCUGCAGGAUCCUUCCUGCACAUUUCUCCCUCUCCUUCCCCACCUCUCAUCCACUGUGACUUUGCCUUCCGCCAGAUGUCUCACCGCUGCCUAUCACCACCCCUCUGCCGUUUCACCGUACGGUAUGUCUUAGCAGCUCUUGUCACCACAACUCCCCUGGAGCUGAGAACUCAAUGGAAUUUCACGCUCUGCUUCAUCAGGGCUGCAUUUCAAUAUCAGAUUUUUUUUAGACUGAAGGAAGAUUCAGGUCCUGAGGCUCUCCUCUACAUAUAGAUUGCAAGCUCUGUUUGCGCAGAGUUCUUGAUGCUUGACAACCUUGUAAUAUAAAGGGUGCGUAGUGAUUAAGAGUAGUGUUUAGAAGCAAAAAUAAAUUAAAUUGGUCUACACAUAGUGACUGUUGAAUAGUGUGAUAUAGAACAGUAGGGCACACAGUACUUCUUAUGAUAAGCUAAUAAUAGUGGUUUUAAAAAGACAAUGAGCUUUUUUGUUUUAAGUCAACACUGAUUUCUAACAUAAACACAAAUUUAAAAAAAAAAUAAUAGUUUUUGGAGAAAAGGGCCACUAUAGGCUCAAAAAAAGUUAACUUAAAUAAGCAGUUUUGGUGUGUAGAUCAUGCCCCUGCAGUCUCACUGCUCGAUUCUGUCAUUUGCGUUAAAUCACUUUGAUUGUGAAUCCCUAUUCAUGUAAGUUGCACAGCCUUCCUAAACACUUCCUAUAAAGAGUCAUCUAAUGUUUAUACCUCCUUUAUUGCAAAUGUUUAAUUAAGCAUGUAUCUCCUGCUCUGUUAAUAGCCUCCUAUACAAUGCUGAAGCCUCCUGUGUGUUGUUAAAGUACAAUUUACAGAGCAGGAGAAUAAAAACAUCUAAAGUAAAUGGGUCCCAGUCAGGGAAGUGUGACUAGGGCUACAUAAACAGAAAUGAAACUGAUUUAACUCAUAAAAGACAGAGAAUUUAGCAGUAGACUGCAGGGCCAUGAUCUGUACAGCAAAACUGCUUCAUUAUGCUAAAGUUGUUUUGAUGCCUAUAGUGUCCCUUUAAUGUACAUGCCAUUCAGGGAGUAAAGUUGUUUACCAGCAGACUCCCACUGCUUCUUGCAGUGAUAGAAUACCAACUAUAUUUUCUUACCCACUGACUGGCCUUACAGUGGUUAAUGCAAAUGCUUCUGAUGUGGAAGGAAUGUGCAUUAAUUGGCAUACGUGUAAAAUAGUAUACUAUUGAAUUUAUCCUCUGUAAAUGCUUUAAGGUGAGUGUUCUUUAAUAAAAAAAAUAAAAUAAAAAAAAACACUCUUCUAUUUGCUUCAGUUGACAAAUUCAGGUUAAUUAAUCCAUAAAAUCAGACAUUUUCUAAACCGUUUGUAGCAUACUGUUUGAUCACUUUAAAUUAUUAAACAAUAAAAGAAUUUACAGAUGCUUUUGUUUCAAAGAGAAUCCCUGGGAUCGAACUUGACAUGUAGAAAUCACAGGUUCAAUGAGUGACCUAGGUCAGCCAGAAAUGGUGACGUACACAUACACUCUUGCCUCUGGGUGCUUAGCUCAGUAAUUGAACACAGCGGUCACCUGAUAUACUUAGGCUGUGUAGACAUGUGAAGGGCUGAGGUUUAAAUUCUAUUGAAGUUUCUCACAAGAAUGUUUGAGAUUUGUUAAUAAGAGCAAAACAAUGAACUAUUUUUAAAGUUCUGGUAAUACUGUAAACUAUACAGAGUUGUAUACCUUUUUGGUAUGUGCAAUUCUUAAUUAACCACAUUCAUAAACCUGCUCUACAGCUUGCUGUAGUGAUUAUGGUGCCAGCAGUGUCCUGGCAACCCCUAUGGUAAGAAGUCAAAAUAUGCGCUGCGGGAGAGUUGGAAAUCACCAAGUAGGAAUUUGCUAGCCAAUGAGCACAGCCUGUAUUGCAGAGUUUAGCUUGGGACAGCUGACAAUUCAUUUUGUGGUUAAUCAUAGCCUCUCUGCUAGUUUUAGAGUCCACGUGAUCUUAAAGGGACACACACAAUUUUUUUUUAUCUCCUUAAAUUUGUUAUACUGUAUCUCACUGUCCCUUCAUUCAGUGUGAAACCAAUUUUAAGCAAUUUAAUGCUAGAUAAAGGUCACCCACUGACUAGCCCCCACUGGAGCUAUGGCUAAGGCAGAGAUUACACACUUCUUUCUCACCAUAUUAAAGGGACACUAUAGUCACUAUAAGCAUUUCAUCUCUUUGAAUUGGUUAUAGUGCCUGGAGUGGCCUGGCACUGUCCCUCUAUUCAGUGUUGCACCAUGUUCGUGCAGUAUGGCACAAAAUAAGAGUCCCUGGCCACCCACAGUCCGGCCCCUUCAGUAUGUGUAGCUAAGGCAGAGAUUACACACUUCCUUGUUGUCAUACCCAUUCAUACCGUCAGUUGGAACUCUGACAGGCUAAAAGCAGUCAGCUGACACUCUCAGCCAAUCACAGCUGCCUAUUGCUUUUCAAGCUAAUACUUCCUUAUUAGCCAAAGCAGCACAGAGGAGAUGGAUUGCUGGGGACUCUUGUUUAGCAUUAAAACAUUAAAAGUUUAAAAAACUGUUUAAUGCUGAAAGAAAUGAUGGUACCAGAGGACUCCAGACACUAUAACCAGUUUAAUGAGAUGAAGCAGAUACAGUGCCUACGGUGUCCCUUUAACUCACACCAGCAAUAGGCACUGUGAUAGACUGGGGUCAGCUGAUGCGCUCAGCCAAUCACAGCCACUCAGCUUACUCAGUAGAUCAAGCAGCAUAGAGGGGAAGGACUGGGGUCUAUCGGUUUUCAUUAAAACUGUUUAACACUAAAUGGCAGGACAGUGCCAAGGGGCUUGAGACACUAUAACCACUUCAAUGAAAUGCAGCUGUUACAGUGUCUAAUUUAAAAAAACAUUGACCGAGAUAGAUACCUCUCCUUAUUUUUCCUUCUAUAAUAGUUUGAUUUAGAAUACAAACUCUACAGUGUUUGUAUGGAAAAUAUACUUGUAAUUUGCCAUGUUUCGUGCCAAUUAAAACUUAAACUUAAAACAAAGUAUUACAAUGAAAAACGCGUAUCCUUUGCGGCACCUCUUUGUCCAGGUACGAUUUACAUACAAUUUAACAAGCACUCUUUACAUAUUGUCGUAUGCAAGCAUACACGUUCGUGUCACCAUAUAGUGGUAAUAUCCAUGUGUAUCCUCAAUUGUGACCGAGUUGGGGUAAGGGUAACCCUUGAUAUGGUUACCUACAAUGUUUAGAAUAAUGUGGAUAGAUGCGAUUUUAAUGGAUGCUCAUAUCAGAUCUCCAUAAACACAAGUAUUAUAUAUUGAAUUAUAUUAUAUUUAGAUCUCACAAAUCCUGUAUUUAUAUUGCUCUACAAACUAUUUUGCAAUAAUUUACCGAUGCCUAAAGGGUUAUUGCAACCACUUCAGAAAUUUGAAGUUGUCUUGGUGGUAGAAGCCUUAAUGUGCAGUAUUUUCAGCAUUAAGCACUGCACAUCCAGAGUUAUUGUGUGCUGUUGGCAAGUUGCACCCCCCCAGCACAUGUGACUUGGGCUGUCUAAUGUCCAUUCUGUGCAUAUUCUUCAGCACGCCAGCCACAGCCAUAUACAUCUUCCUCCUUGCAGGCAGUAUAGUUUUCCCUCCCUCCAUCUGGACGCUUCCCUCAAGUUUAGCUUUAUUUUAAAAACAAAACAAAAAAAAACUGUAGAACUGUGAGUGUCUGAAUUGUUGCUUAAGUUUAUAUUUAACAUGGACAUUAAAGAGCAUCGUUUACGUUUCAUUCCUCAUUGUCCAGCUAUAAUAUAACUAUUACCAGAGCACCAAGUGCUGCUGUCCAGUCUAGAACAAGGAUGCAUAACUUCUCAAUGAUUCAUUGCUUUUUUUAUUUGCCUUCAUUUUGGGAGUCUUGUGGCAGACACUUUUUCUUUGGAGACUUCAAUAUGUUGUAUGUUGAGAAAUGUUUGGACGUAAUACCAAAUAGGCGUUAAAGAUGGUUGGUCUAUUAGAUGAUACAGACAUUUUCUUGGCUUGUGUUGUAGUUUUUACUUGAUUGUUAUAAAAUACAUUUAAAUGGGUUCUGCACUCUAAUAAUUAGGCUCUAGACUUUGCUAAAGCAGAGUGGUCACCUUUUUUUUUUCGUUGCCCUGCUUUUCCCAGUGUUGAAAGGGUAAAAAAGGCUGCUCACUCCCUGUACCCUAGCUUGUCAUGAGGAAGUCUGACAUGGUAACUGGCACAGAUGUAUUGGUUUAAUUAAAACCGCAUCACACCCUUUUAUUUAUGCCUGAGCAUCUCACACAUGCAGAAAGCUGGCAUCUCGAGAGUCGCACAAACCUUUAGCGAGACAUCUCCUGUACCACUCUUUAUACACUGAGCUUUUUUAUUUUUUUUUAAUUAUUCCGCCUCUUGUUAAUUGUGACUGUGUCUCAAAUGUGUAGGCAUAAAUAAAUGUUAGAGUGGCUAAUUAAAUUAAAACAUCUAAUAGAGCACAGGCUGUAACUGCAACCCCUGUCAGCCCAUCACAAUGGAUCUUUCUUGCCUAGUCAUAACGCUCAACUGCAACAUUUUACCAACUUAGGAAGUGACUAGACUAGUUGUCCACAUCUUAACAAAGUCUUCUCGUAUCUAGGGUUACUGGCCACAAGCUUUGUGUUUUAUAUCUUUUUUUUACAUGAUAACUUUUAUAUGUAUGAAGAAUAUAAAUGAAAAUAUUUAAAUUUAGUGUUUAAAUAUAUACUUUAGUUUUAAAAACAAACGUGUUUUCACUUCAACAAUAUAUGCUUCCCUGCACUUUUAGAUCUGGAACUUUUGUCCUACAUUUUAAGGGAGGAUCGUUUCAUUUUGGGAUUUUUUUUGAACCACAGGGGGAAAAAAAAAUGUUUCAUGAGUCUAUCAACAAAACUCUAGUUUUGAUGUCUCCUAAAUAUCAAACUUGCUGUUAACCUCGAAUUGUGUAAUGGAUUUUGUUCAGAAUAUUAUCCAAAAAAACCUGAAGUGGGCUUCCAAUAUAAAAAUAUAAAAAAAAAUAUAUAUAUAUAUAUAUAUAUAUUUAUUUAUUUAUUUAUUUUAUUUUAUAUUAUUUUUAUUAUUUUAUUAUUUUAUUUUAUUUUAUUUUUAUUAUUUUAUUUUAUUUUUAUUAUUUUAUUUUAUUUUUAUUAUUUUAUUUUUAUUUUUUUUGAGAGGGAGAGCAAGGGGGGAGAAUAGAAAUCUCAUGAAAGAUGAACCUCCAGGGCAAUGUAAGUCUUGGGUUGCGUUAUCCAGGUUCAUGUGCCUGACCGAUUUUCUUCUUAUUUUAUAUUGACAAUUGAUAUUGCCAUUCACAUUAUUACCUGUAAAAUUAAUUGCCUGAGAAUUGCUAAAUCACAAGCUAUUGUGAAAGUGUUUUUUUUAUUUUUUUUAUUUUAUUUUUUUAUUUGACAAUAUCAACUGUUGCUUUGGUUUUUACUUUUUGGGAGUGGAUCGCCUCCUGUUACCUUCCCUUCUGCUGCCUCUGUCAGUAUGUUUACAAUAUAGACAAACUAAAAGCCAGACAAACAUUUUAACUUAACCCAUUCAGUGCUCCUGAUGAAAGUAUUAAAGUGCACGUGAGCUACUGUCGAAUGUGUAUAGGUAGGUUUACAUGCUCAAUUUAUUUAUGUCUCAAAUCUUACCUGUCCCCUGUUAGUUAUAUUAUUUGCAGUUUAUAUCAAUGUUGAAAUCCGAUAUAUAUGUAUUUCUGUAGAUUACUUUUAUAAUGUUUAAAGUAAACUUUGAGAUUGAAAGUAUGCCUGUUGUACCCUUUCCAUCACCAUUAUUUCAUGAAGCAAUGUAUCAUCCCAUAUUGGUGCCUAUGUGCAUCAGUGCACCUGUGUGGCUGGAUCUCUUCUAUGCACACAGUCCUUUACAGAGAUAAAAUAAUGCAAUGAAAUUUUGUGUCUUGCAGACUCCAUACCAUGUUAACUUAUUGUUGGCCGGUUAUGACGAACACGAUGGACCCUCUCUAUACUACAUGGAUUACAUGGCUGCGUUGGCUAAGGCACCAUUUGCAGCACAUGGCUAUGGAGCCUUUCUCACUCUGAGCGUCCUAGACCGCUACUAUAAACCAGGUAUGACCUGUUGCAAAACAAGAAAGUCUGAAAAACAUUUACCACAUUGUGUUCUUGUCUUAAGAGACAUUGUCCUUUUUCACAUGGAAUGAUGUAUUAGAAAGGUGAUUUAACAUGCAGAGUGGUAGUCUAAAGGAAAAUGUGAACGUGUUACUUAAAAUAGCCAUAUAGUUAUUGAACUGCCUGACAGUAAGUAUGUUCACAUUAUUCUGAGAUCUCUUUUCAUAUGAUCAAAAAUUCAGAGAUCAUAGACUCUGACAUGUGUCUAUAAUACUGCUAUUUUAUUAUGUGCGACUCUUUUAAGGUUGGUUUUUUUUUUUUGCAUGGUGUGCAGAAAGUGAAAUACAAAUUACCAGACUGGCACUCUUUUUAGGUUUUUUUUCUGAGCUGUUUUGCACUUGGGGGGAGGUAAGGGCAGAGAAGGUUACACUGUAGUGUCAGUUCAAAGUGCUUGCUUUGCUAUACAGCCCUCUAAACAUGUUAUGCCAGCACUGAGAUGUUAGUGUGAUAACACCCACACCUUGCAGGGGUACACAGAGAGCAGAGAACCCCCUGGUGGGAAUCCAGUCUCACCCCCACCCUUAUUCCCCAGUCCUCCAGGAUCUUUAUAAAUGGCAGUGUCAAUCAAUCACUUAUCUGAUAUUACACACCCUUUCAAUGCUAAAGUAAGGAUUGUGUACUGCUUCUGCCAGGGUUCAAGUUUAACGAAAUAUAAAGGCAAUUUUUCUAGCCUUAUCUAAACAGUCUGACCUUCUUGUCAGUGCUUUAGAUUAUUACAUGUCAAUUAUAUAUAUCUUUAUAUGACCCAAAGUUAAAGUGAAUAAGGAAAAAAAAAUCUAGCAGCAGCCUACUUCAUGGUCUGGUUAGUAUUUAGGGAUCCACAUUUGAAGAAAUGUAUUUUUCAUUGAUUGUUGUCGUCGCUGUUUUAAAGCCAACAUGUUGCUAAUCUUUAUUUUGAGGCAGAGAAAACCGCAAUUAAAAUGUUCCUUCCAGUGUGUUCAUGCAUUGUUCUAAACUCCAGGCUGGAUAUAUCCUGCAGAGUAGAGCUUUGUUGCAUCAUAUAUUGAUGUGGGUCCCUAGACUUGUAGUUGAAGGCUGUCGGGGCAGACAGGUUCCGGUUUCUACAUUUAGACACAGGUUGUAAAGCAGGCAGGAGAGGAUCACACUAGUAAGUAUCUGCUAGUCAUCCAUUAUACUUUGUCCGUAAAAAGGCAGACUGGCAUCACCUAGACGAUACUGCUAGUCAUAUUGUCCAGGAACCCCUGUCCUACUGUUUAGGCAUUACAGGAAACUCCUUAUCUCUGUGACUAUAAACUGAUGCCUCUCGUACAUAUUAAAGAUAAAUUGUUCUUUCAAACCUACACACUAAAAUAUUUCCAUUAGGCCAGUCACUAUCGAUGUGUAACACUACAUUAUGAUCCGUAGUCACAGAAGAAGACAUCUUACUUAAUUCAUAUAAUGGGUCUGUAGAAUAGAUUACAACUAAGUUAUUAAGUCAUUUCAGAAAAAAAAAUGUUUUCAUAGAUGAGAUGUAGGGGAAGAUUUAGCAAGUUUUUCUGUUCUAAAAAGUGCAAAAAUCUGUAAGGGGAGGAGUUACUAGUGGAGUGUGCCUGUUGGUUUCUUUAUGGUUGUCCCACUUUUAGUAUUUUAGACCACUUUUUAAAACAUAACAAUUUGAUCUCCCCUUGUAUUUGUUUUUUGGAAUGUGGUCAAAUUGUAUUAUUCCUUAUGGAUGUACAUGUGAGUGGGACAAUGAUCACCUUCUUGUAUCUUCCCCUCUGCUGCUUCUGUCAGUAUAUUUGUAACAUAGACAAGCUCAACACUAAAUCAGGAUGUCCAUAUUAUUCUGUAUAUAUGCUAUUCUGAUAUGCCAAUAUGAUGCAGAUUUCUGUGCUGUCUUACCAGUUUCACAGGGGUAUCAUUUGAUAUCAUUUUUAAACCUAGGAUGUGUUUGAUAGACUUUCUGUAGGACAUGAAGUAGAGUGUUUUCUCUUAAUUCACUAGACAUUUUCUAAUGGAGUGUAUACCUCAGAUUGGUAAAAUGUAAGCCGUAAUAACCAUUUAGGAGACUUUUUUUUUUCCAACUAGUCUAUUUGGCUUAAAGGACCACUAUGGGCACCAACACCACUUCAGCUGAAUGAAGUGGUCCUGGUGCCAAGUCCCUCUCGUUUUAACCCUGUAGCUGUAAACAUAGCAGUUUCAGAAAAACUACUAUGUUUACACUGAGGGUUAAUCCAGCUUCUUUUGGCUGUCUCACUGACAGCCGCUAGAGGCGCUUCCGCGAUUCUCAUUGGGAAAAUCAGUGAGAAGACACUGACGUCCAUAGGAAAGCAUUGAGUAAUGCUUUCCUAUGGGCGGUUUGAAUGUGUGCGCCGCACAUUCGGCGCUGAUGUCGGCAGGAAGAGGAGAGUUCCCCAGCUCCAAGGGAGCCCAGUCCUGGAGAAAAGUAAAUGGCUGAAGGGCUUUUAACCCCCUUCAGCCCAGCAGGAGGGGGGCCAUGAGGGUGGGGGGGGGGUACCUAAAGACUACAUAGUGCCAGGAAAACGAGUUUGUUUUCCUGGCACUAUAGUGGUCCUUUAAAUUCUAAAAUGCUACCUACAUACACUUGCAGUUACAUAAAUAUCUUGAUCUACUUGUCCUCCCAAAAACUAACUGGAAUAAUUAACUUCUUGGCAGCAGGCUCCAUAGCCAUUAUUUUUUAAAUGGCACCUUAAUACCUGCUGAAUGCACGGCUUGUAAAACAAUGACAAAAGGUCUAAAACCAAUAUUACCCAGCAAGAGGCCCAGGUUUAAGCCAACUCCACCACCCCCAACAGCAGCCGUUGUAGCCCAGGGCAGUUGCAGCUCAUUCCCCCUAAUAAAUUUCUGAGGAAGGCCACGUUCUCCUCAUCUCAUAGCCCCUUCCCUUAAAUUCCGUCACGCCUUUCUCCCCAGCGUAGCAAACCGAUUAGCAGCCUUGUUAUUAGUGGUAUUGGUCACAUAUGGAACAUGUUUCUUUCCCAGGGAUGUUAUAGAAAGAAGGCGGAGUGACUUCAUUGAACUUGUUUAAACAUUUAUUCAGAAAAUGAAUGUUUCACCACCAAAUAAUGUCUGGUUUAAAAAAAAAUAAUCUUAAUAAUAAAACUGUGCAGGUUGGUGUACUUUUUGAAUUUGCACAUCAAAAUUAAAGUUGCAUGUACAUAUACAUCACAUGUACAUACACAAUAUAUCGUUGUCAUACUUAAACCUUAUUGUUUGUUAAAUCCUGAAUAAUUCAUGGAUGUGUUUAUGGUACUCUGCUGCCUGCCAGUUAAGAUACGUGCAGCAUUCCUAUAAACAAUAAUCAAAUACAUUUUUAGUAGAUCUAUCAUAGCAACUACAAAGUAAUCUGUUUAAUGUUAAACAUUUUAGAUAUUAUUGCUAAGCAAAAAUACUGUUUUACAGUAAAGGAUUACAUUGUUAGAAUGAGCUUUAAGGGUUAAACUUAGGUGUAUCUUUAGCCUUCAAUACACAAUAUGUCUUAAUUUCCAUUGCUUCCUCCCACACCUCUACCUCUUUCCAUUCCUCGGCAUUUGUGUGUAGUAUGCAUGAACAUGUAUGCAUACAUCUACAUUCUCAAACAUUACUACUUUAAACUGGUUACUGUAGAAUGAGAUUUUUUUUAUUUUCAACAGGAAAAUAAAUGUUGUGAUCUUAGAAGUAGGUUGUAAGGAGUCCGGUUACAUCUCGUUGUUGAGGUUAAACGAUUAAAGAGAAGUGUUGUUGUGUUUUUUGUUGUUUUUUUGUUUUUUUUACCAGUUGUAUUUAUUUUGUAUUGUUUGUUUGUUUAAUUGAUGUAAAAGUGAUUUAGAUCAUCUUGUGUUUCAGAUUUGACAAGAGAGGAAGCAAUACAGCUACUUAAGAAAUGCGUAGCAGAGGUAAAAAUUUUAAAGAUUUCACACCCAGCUAGGUUCUUUAAAGUAUAUACAAGAAGAUAUAAGUGGAGCUUCAGAGUACCUGGUUAUAACAUGAAUACACUUGGUUACAAUCUUAACCAGAGAUAUGUAAAUAAUAUAUAACACAAAUAUAGUGCUGAUGGUCUGUACAAUUUCAAUAUAAAAAGGAAAGUAAUAAUUCACAACUCACAGGUUUUAGAGCCAAUUGAUCAGUAUAUAAUGCUUCAGGAUCUUUUAAGGGUGAUCCACUGCCCCCUUGCACCUCCUUCUGGCCUCCUCCACCUUCAGAUUAUCAGGUAAGAAUGGACCGGAAACUCCAGUAGAAAAAGGAUACACUUUUAUUGGAGAUAAAAAAAAUAAUAAAAAUGAUAAAUUUGAUCCAAAAUACUAGUAUAGUAUAAAAUCCAAUGUCCAAAACAUGUUUCGCCAUUUACUGGCUUCCUCAGUUGGCUGUAUCGUUUGUAUGGCGUUCCUUCCAUCUUAAAUACCGCUUUCAUUGUGAAUUUGCCGGCAUCCGUGAACAUCGUUAGUGACCUCCGUCAGGUGGAGCGCACGUUCCGUUCACAUAUAGAUCACAUGACCCGAUAGUGCCUCCCUCCGUCUUGUGGGACGCAUCUGUGCGUUUCACUGCUUGGAAUACCUUCACUCUGAGGUGUUGAAAAUAUUACAGAUAUUCCUAAAGCGUCUGCGUUCGAGUAUUAUAGGAAAUAUGAGCAUGCUGAAGCAAUAGCAGAGAUUAGUACAAAACAAAAUAACUUUCCAUAAAUAUUCACAUCUAUCUCUUUAUACCAAGACAAUUUAAAGUGCUCAGUGCUCUUCUUUCAAAAGUGCUUGUGUAAAUCAGUGCAAAACAAUAUAGAUUGCCAUAUCCUCAUAUAGUACUUCUAUUGGUGAUAUCCUUGUAAAACAUGGAGGAGGGAUGAAAUAAUAGUUUCUUAAUAAUAUAAAAUAAACUCUAAUAUAUAAUUUCUGAUUAAGUUAUAAAAUUUAAUCAGAAGCUUAAAAACAAGUUUUCUGCCCAAUUUGGAUUUAAAAAGAUAAAAUAGAAAUAUGCUGUGUAGGCUAAAAAAUAAAAUUCAUGAUAAAAAAAUGACACAGUUCAAAAUCUAAAUUAAGACCAUAAGGUACUAGAGUGUUAACAUUAAAAAUAAAUUUAAUUUCUUCAAUUCCAAUUUUUUUUUUUUUGUAAAAUUUCUUCCCCUCCAUUACAUUCAGUGUACAAAGUGUGAGAUCUUUCGGAUUUUGAUUGUGGAAGUUUUUAAAGUGAUGUGAGACACUGUGUCUCUAUUCCUUUUUUAAUAUUUCUCUCAUGUUCGGAAAUUCUAGUUAGGUUCUGUAAAGUACCUUCUGUCCAAUCAUCAUUACAAUAUUCCAACUCCAGCUAUGUUUUUCGUUAAAGAAAAACUGUAGGUUUACUUAAUCACUACUUUAUGUGGUACAGGAGUCCAUGAUACCUCAAUUACAUAUGCUAAUAACAAAAAUUCCAAGUGAUAAUGGCGCUUAUUUCUUUUACAAAUUAAAAAUUAAUGUAGCAGCACCUAUCAAAGUGCAGUAGCUCAUAAACUACAAUAGCAUAAAACAAAAUUAAGGUGCGCUGCAACUGUAAAAUUCUUUCAUGAGUACAUCAACUCUUUUAUAUAAAAGUGCACUUUGCCUUUAAGGUGAAAAGAGGGUAGUGCAAAAACAAUGCACUUUAUUGUAACACUUAUUGUUGCACUAUCUUCUUUUCAAUUUAAAGGCAUAGUGCACUUUUAUGAGAGUGGGAAUACUCAGGAAAGAUAUAUAAUGUUACAACUACAUAUGCUAUUGAAUGCAGUGCGUGAGCAUCCACAUUUUAUUUCCUUUAUAAACUGUCAACAAUACACGCAGCCUUGUCUGAUAGAGACAAUUUAUUAUGCCACUUUUCCAUAUUCAUUAAACAGUUUUAACAAGUAUCUACAAACCGACAUUCUCCAUCAGAGUAAUUACCUACUCAUCAUCUUGCUUACUCUCUAAUUGUUCAUUAAAUAAGACCGUAUUUUCUCUAAUUCAUCAGGGGCUCUUUUGAGCAUUUUGUCUCUGAAGGUAAUGGUAAGAUUGCCAAUAUAUCUAUCUUACUGUCCUUUUUGAUUGUGUGACUGCUGAUAAUGGCAGAAAUUAGAUUUCUGUAUUGCAUUGAAGCAUCAGCCAACAUAAAUAACCAACCAAAUGCAGUAAAACUCAUUGGAAGACACUUUAACUAACAGCAAGGCAAUGACAUAGUAGUCUUCACUGUUCACAUCUAUCACCCAGUCUGAAAACUUAGUGGGGAAAAAUGUCCCUUAACAAACAGGAAUGCAUCACUCUGGAACAUACCCAGCAUUUAAAGCGGCACUCUGCAUAAUUUGGGACAGUGCCACUUUAAUAAAUGAGAGAUUUCAGACUCUCGUGAACUGCAAAGAAUUUACAACAAACUGCAAAGGUAAAGUAGAGACUUUGAUAUUCAUUUGAAGAAUUUUAAUUCUUAUAAGAUUCCCUAUUUAUGGAUGUAAAUACCCUCAGAUAAAAUCAAAUUAUGCUGCACUUUAUCAUCGUAAUCUUUGUUUUAUUUUAAAUACAAAUCGAACAAUUGACUGGCAAUAAAGAAUUAGAAUUCUGUGGUUUUACAUAUCGGGACAUAACAAUCAUCUGUUCCUUAGCAGGUUUUAAAUCCGGUAAAUACUAGUUCAGAUGUACACAGUCUUGAUUUAUUUCACAAAAAUAAAGCCAAAAUGGAGAAGACGUGUGUGGAAAAACUAAGUGCACCCUUACUGCUUCUAUAAGAAGCUAACUAGCAGACAGUUGCUUCUAAUACAAUACCAUUGAUUUAAUUGAUCAUCAACAAGUGUGACCACAUCUAUAAAAGCCAAAGUCUUAGCAGUUUAUUGGUCUGGAGCAUUCAAGUGAUGCCAAGGAGAGAAAACAUCCGCAAUCAUCUUAGAGAAGCAAUUGUUGCUGCCCAUCAACCUGGGAAGAGGUAUAAGGCCAUGUCUAAACAAUUUAAAGCUAAUCAUUCUACAGUGAGAAACAUUAUUCAAAAAUGGGAAAACAUUCAAGACCGUUUCCAAUUUCCCUGGAGUGGAUGUCCCAGCAAAUUUACCCCAAGGUUAGACCAUCCAAUGCUCAGAGAAAUUGCAACAAAACUCUUCUACAGGCUUCAGUUAGCAUGUUAAAUGUUCAAGUUCAUGACAGUAAAAUUAGAAAAAGACUGAACAAGUAUGGUUUAUUUGGUUAGGGUUGCCAGAAGAACCCCUCUUUUCUCUAAAAAGAACAUGGCAACAAGGCUUAAGUUUGCAAAAUUGCAUCUGAACAAACCACAAGACUUCUGGAACAAUGUCCUUUGGAUAAACGAGAACAAAGUGGAGAUGUUUGUCCAUAACGCACACUGAAACCAAGCACUGCAUAUCGGCUGUCAAGCAUGGUGUUAGAGUGGUGAUGAUUUGGGCUUGUUUUGCAGCCACAAGACCUGGGAAACUUAGUCAUUUAGUCGAGCAUGAACUCCUCUGUAUACCAAGGUAUUCUAGAGUCAAAUGUGAGGCCACCUGUCCGACAGCUCAAGCUUAACCAAAAUUGAAUCAUGCAACAGGGCAUUGAUCACAAGCACACCAGCAAAUAUACUGAAGCUGCUGCUCAGGUGCUUCCACCUCUCUGGAGACUUGGUUAAAGUGGGGAGUACCACCCGCUGGCCCCCAGGCAAGAAGUCUUACCAUUCUAACAUCUAAUGAGUAGGCACCUGGGCAUUUAUGGCAUCAUAACCACUGCAUUGUGCUUGGAGUGUUCCUUUAAUGAAUGUUUUGCUUUUUAUACAAUCAACAGUGCAUUCCUAUUUUCACCUGUAGAGGGCUAAUCAGUACAUAUGUGAAAGUAUCCCAUCAAUUGCAGAAGCCAACUCAUAGGUGGCAAUAAUAUAUAAAAAAAAAAAACAUUUUUGAUAAUGUGUACUUUAGGAUGCAGCAAACAUGAAUAUGUGUUUUCUCUGUUUGACAUAAAAGUCAUACAUGGAUAUGUAUAGGGGCUCUACCAAGUUCAUGUCAUUAACUUGCAUACUGUAUCAACAUUGGAGCAGUAUAUUAAAUACAAAGGAACAUUUUUGAGGAUGUCCUUUAUUAAUUUCUGAGCUGGAUCCAUUUAAGAAUAGUCACAAUAUUUGUGUGUUUGCCCACAUAAUUUCAACUCGGCAGACUGCUAAUUUAAGUCUUUUAGCCUUGUUCAUCAGAUCACUUGCAUUAAUUUAAUUUAUUCUGACACCUUUUGGAAAGAGCAGAUUGUUCACACACCUCUUUGUUUCUCUGUCUUCCAGCUCGAAAAGCGCUUCAUUCUGAGCUUACCAUCAUUCACAGUGAGGAUUAUUGACAAGGAUGGGAUCCAUGAUCUGGACAGUAUUCCUGCCGCAAGCGUGUGAUUUUGACCCUUUCCCAGAUGAACCCUCUAGUCCUCCCUUUUUUUUUUUUUUUUUCUUACAUCAAUUUCUAUAACUUUUUUUUUUUUAAACUAGCUAAAAUAAAUUGCUUUGUGCCAGUGACAUAAGGCUAGUAAAAUCUCAAAAAGGCUCUUGUUGUUACCAAAGCACUGUAAAUUACAGGGACUCCCUUCAUCUGCAGUCACAGAGGCACAUUUUGUCUGUGGUAUAUCCCUGCUAAUAAACAUAAAUAAUCAGAAAGUGGUUUGUACUGGCCCUGAAUAUAAAUGUUUUUUGAUAAUUGUCUCAGAGGGGAUAUGACAGAGCUAUACAGAUGUAUUAACUAGCAGGAAUACACAAUAUACAAGAGGUCAUCUAUUGAGAAGUCAAGAAAUGUGAUUUUUGCUUGUAGCAGAGGAAAAUAUCCUUUACAGUAAGAAAAAUAAAUGUAUAAAAUCCUCUGCCCAGCAAGAUUUUUGUUUUCUUCAGUUCCUGUUAUUUUUAAAAAUGAAAGCAUAGG